CUCACCUGGGGCUGUCCCUGCCCAGGGCACCUGGGAGGCGGAAACGCGGCUGCCCAGGGCCAUGGAAGGAGGCCUGGACUGGGAGCCCGAGCCCUGGCGGGGGCCGGCCCCCCUGGAGGCCAGAGCAGGCCGGUCGCUGGCGUCCGAGCUGAACAAGCUCCCCAGUGCCGCCACGCUUCGGUACCGUGGCCCUGGGGUGCUGCCCUGGGGCUCCCUGGAGGAGGAGGAGGAAGGUGGAGGAAGCGGCGCCCGGCCCUUCGCAGGUGCGGCCGCACCGGAGCCGCGGGACCCGCUCCCUUCCCGGGAGCUGCCCUGGCCCAUGCAGGCGAGGCGGCUGCACAGGAAGAACCAGGCCAGGGAGCAAGGGGCCGACAGCCCCGGGUCCAGGGUUGGCCACUGGGCCCGGCGGCUGGCCAGGGGCCAGGAGAAGACGAAGGAAGGCCUGCGCAGCCUGCAGCCCUGGGCGUGGACGGUGAAGAGGAUCGGGGGCCAGUUCGGCGGCGGCACCCGGUCCUACUUCUCCCUGCUGCGCUUCCUGCUGCUCCUCAACGCACUGGCGUCCGUGCUCGUGGUCGGCCUGGUGCUGCUGCCCACCUGGCUGCAGGGGCCUCCCCCGGGCCCCCCCGGCCCCGGCGCCUCCUCACCCUGCGGCUCCUACAGCCCCCACACCCCCGGCCUGGCCACCUUCCCCUCCCAGCUCUUCAACUUGCUCUCUGGGCAGGGCUACCUAGAAUGGUCCCCCCUUUUCUACGGGUUCUACCCGGCCCGCGGGCACCUGGGAGUCACCUACCUGUGCUCCGUCUUCGUCACCGGCCUCAUCUGCCUGGUGCUCAUCCUGCGGCGGUCGGUGCCGGGACUGAAGCAGACACUGCUGGCCGAGUCGGGGGCUCUGACCAGCUACAGCCACCGGGUGUUCUCGGCCUGGGACUUCGGCCUCAGCGGGGCUGUGCACGUGCGACUGCGCCAGCGCAUCAUCUUGUACGAGCUGCAGGUGGAGCUGGAGGAGGCGGCGGUCCGGCGCAGAGCCGCGGGGCGCACGCUGGGCCAGCAGGCCCGGGUUUGGCUGGUGCGAGCGCUGCUCAACCUGCUGGUGCUGGCGCUGCUGGGCGCGGCCUUCUACGGCGUCUACAGGGUCACGGGCGAAGCCGGGCAGCUGCAGGACACGCCCUUCAUCCGGCAGACGCCGCUGCUGCAGCUGCUGGUGAGCUACCUGCCGUCCAUCUUCAUCUCCACGGUCAACUUCGUGCUGCCGCUCGUGUUCACGCUCAUCGGCCCGCUGGAGGGCUACACCCGGAGCCACCAGCUCGUCCUCAUCCUGCUCAGGACCGUGUUCCUGCGCCUCGCCUCCCUGCUGUUCCUGCUCUUCUCGCUCUGGUCUCAGAUCACCUGCGGGGGCAACGCCCAGGCCGAGGCGUGCAAGGACUGUGGCUACAACUACAAGGAGCUCCCGUGCUGGGAGACUCGGGUGGGCCAGGAGAUGUACAAACUGCUGCUCUUCGAUCUGCUGACCAGCCUGGCCAUCGCGCUUUUCGUCCAGUUUCCUCGCAAGAUAUUCUGCAGCCUCUGCCCGGGCGCGCUGGGGCGCUGGGGCGGGACGCUGGAGUUCCAGGUGCCCGACGAGGUGCUGGGGCUCAUCUACGCGCAGACGGUGGUCUGGGUGGGCAGCUUUUUCUGCCCCUUACUGCCCCUGCUCAACACGGCCAAGUUCCUGCUGCUCUUCUACCUGAAGAAGCUCACUCUGUUCUCCACCUGCUCCCCGGCCGCCCGCACCUUCCGGGCCUCCAUGGCGAGCUUCGUCUUCCCCCUGGUCCUCCUCCUGGGGCUGUUCCUCUCCGCCGUCCCUGUGCUCUACAGCAUCUUCCUAAUCCAGCCUUCCAAACUGUGUGGCCCAUUCCGGGGGAAGGCGUCCAUCUGGGCCCCGAUCCCUGAGUCCAUCGAGACCCUGCCUCAGACGGCCCAGAACUUCCUCUUCUUCCUGGGCACCCAGGCUUUCGCAGUGCCGCUUCUGUUGGUCUCCAGCAUCCUGAUGGCGUACACCGUGGCUCUGGCUAAUUCCUACGGACGCCUCAUCUCCGAGCUCAGACGCCAGAUAGAGACGGAGGCGCGGAACAAAGUGUUCCUGGCCCAGCGCGCCGUGGCGCUGGGCUCGGAGAGCGGCCCGCUGUGAGCCCCCGGCUCGGAUGGCGUCCCAACCUCAGCCUCACUGCCCCCGACCCUGGCAACCUUCGGUUAGGUCGCGUGGAAAACGGCGACGCGCUUCCAGCCUGGGAUGCGGAGACUUCCAGGCCCUCCGCCUUCAAGUCCCUCUCUGUUGAACCUCUUUUAUCAAUAAACACUCCAAAGCUCCUGA